GGCUUGGUCCCUCAAUGUGGUAUUGCCUUCUGGGUAAUAAAUGUUUGGUUGCUGGAAAGAAAAGGUUGAUUUUGAGCUAUUGAAAGACGAAGAAAACAAGUCACAAGGAAGAAAGCAGAAUAAAAUAACAAAUGACAAUGUCAGUACAAACAUCGGCUCCUCAACUGCCGCAGCCAAAGUCUUGGGAGCUCAGUCUGUAUGAGUUGCACAGAACUCCACAGGAAGCAAUCACAGAUGGAACAGAAAUCUCCAUAUCACCACGAAGCCUUCACAGCGAACUCAUGUGCCCAAUAUGCCUAGACAUGCUCAAAAACACUAUGACAACAAAAGAAUGUUUACACAGAUUUUGCCAGGAGUGUAUUAUCACUGCCCUAAGAAGCGGAAACAAAGAGUGUCCAACCUGCAGAAAAAAGUUGGUGUCUAAAAGAUCACUCCGACCUGAUCCCAACUUUGAUGCCCUAAUAGCAAAGAUUUACCCUGACAGAGAAGAAUAUGAAGCACACCAGGAAAAAGUUCUUCAGAGACUCAGCAAACACCAUAACCAGCAGGCACUGACAAGUAGCAUUGAAGAAGGCCUCAAGCUUCAGGCGAUGAACAGAGCUCAGAGAGUGAGAAAACGGUCAUCAGAAGAGCAAGGCCAUGCUCCCAUUGCUGCCACAGCAGAGGGUUCAACCACACCAACCAACAGAAAACGUCAAAAGGCAAAUUCAGAUGAAUCAGAUGCCAGUGAAAACACAUUUGAUUCAACUGGGGAAGCCAGUAAUGAAGCAUCUGAGAAUGUCAGCGAAAUUGAGCUUGUGUUCAAACCACACCCAAAAGACCAUGACCCAGAGACUGUGGCUCAACAGACUCGUUAUAUCAAAACUACAGCCAAUGCGUCAGUUGAUCACCUGGCAAAGUAUCUGGCAAUUCGUCUUUCUCUUGAGUCAAAGCAAGAAGGAUCUCCUAACAGCCAAGAUAAAGCUCCUGAAGUGCCAAGUUAUACUAUCUAUAUUGCUAGCACCCCGGGACAAUUCACACAACUGUCAGGCUCCAUGCUUCUUGAACAUGUCAACGAGAAGUACUGGAAGGUAAACAAGCCCUUGGAAAUGUACUACGCACAGGAUAAACCUAGCUGAGACCACUUUACUAUAGUUUCAGAAGUACAGAAACUGUGUAGAUAGUCUAAAAGAUUUAGAGGUUUAGAAUCUGUUAUUAUGGUAGACCUGCUAAACUAUUGGUUUAAUGAGGCACUAGAAAUAAUUUUGAUCAGAAAUUGUAUUUACAUGCACAAACAAUUAAUGACUCAACUUUAUUGGUA